UUAAAAAAUAUGAAAGACGUAUUAAAAUUACAGAUGAUAAUUUAGGUUCCCCUUAACUCUUACUAAAGAGAAACAACACUUCGACUUUAGAACAUCAUUAGCCACCAGUCUGUCGUCAUCAAACAACGAAUCACAAUGUUUUACCAGUGCACUUUAAUUUAUCUUUCGAUUCUUGGACUUGUUCACUGUGAUAGAAGUUUCACUCUUGUUCUAGACACAACAUGGUCCAUGCAAGACGAAAUAGAUGUGAUAAAAGCAAAUCUUCCUUCUGUUCUCAAUACAGAAGAAAAAACAGAUAUAGGAAACUAUAUUAUUGUUCCCUUUAACGAUCCAGGUGUAGGUGAUCCAAUAAUCAAGGCAACACCACGGGACAUUCUUAGUUCACUCAAUGGUUUGACAGCAGCUGGAGGCACUGAGUGUCCAGAAAAUUCUCUCACUGGAAUAGAAAAAGCUUUACAAAUAAGCAAAGACCGAUCAAACAUAUUCGUUUUUACCGACGCAUUUUCAAAAGAUGCUCACAAAAUUGGUGCCGUGGAAAACUUGUGUAGAAGUACCAAAAGUAAGGUGGUUAUACUGUUGAGCGGAUUUUGCUCGUCUCCCAACGUUGACGUACAAGUUUAUUUCGAUGUCGCCAAAGCUUGUUCUGGAGCUGUCCUGAGAUUUGAUGCCUUCAGUUUGCGACAGGCUUUUCCAUACAUGAAAGAAGUUAUCAACGUGAAGUGGACUGAUGUAACAACUUCGGAAACAUUUAUUGAAUACAAACAAAUGUCUUUUACAGUGGGCGCUUUCACAAAGACUGCUAUGAUAGUGGCUUCGGGAGAAAACCCAAAGGUCGAAAUAAGCGCACCAGAUAACUCCAGCAUUUCAGUAGAGAAAAUAGUGGACUUGAGGAACACUCAGGUUGUCCAGUUAAAGGAGGCAAAGGCUGGCGAUUACACGGUCAUAACCCGAAGUAGAGGGCCAACAUCUGUAACACUAUAUAAGAGUUAUAAAUUACCUGUGGAAUUCGGAUUUUCACCCAGAAUGCCAAGAAGUAUGAACGAAACGAGCGAAAAACCAAUGCCAGGUAGAAAGAACUAUAUCCUUAUAGACAACGCUCAUAGUAACAUGAAAUUGGAAAAGCUGGAAAUACAGUAUUCUAACGACUCGCGCAGAGAAACUUUGGAUAUUAAAGACACUGGCACCGAAGGCUUUUAUUGGACUGAAGUUCUAGUUGUAACCGAUACUACUUUCCGGAUUUGGAUCCAAGGACACGAUACAACAUCAUACCAAGAGAUAAAAGGUUGCACAGAAAUUAUCAUUCCACAACAAACAGGUAUGGGAUUUAGAAGAACAUCGCCAAAAUGUCAAAUUUUAGAUCAAAAUCCAUUGACUGUAGAAUUUGGUAAAAGCGCAACAAUCGCGUGCAAAGUAACUGGUUACCCGACUCCCAGUAUCUCGUGGAAUGAUGAUAACAUGGGCAUGAAGCCUAUCGCCUGGUAUAGUACUAGAAAAAUUAAUAACUGUUCUCAUUUUGGUUAA